CUCUCGGGGGGCCCCUGCGGGGGGUGGGGGGGGGGGCUGGGCUGCCAGCUUCUCACCCGGUAAUUAAAUGACACAGCACAAACCUGUAGAAACACAGCCUUCCCGCGGUCACCACAUUGAAUCAGACCCGAAAGCUCACAAGACCUUCAGAACCUUUGUUCUAAAGGGUUUCGUGGCCACGGACGGGGAAACUGAGGCUGGGAGCAGGACAGCGGAGGCGACGCCGUGGAUAGCCAGCCCGCCUGCCACCCACCCCGCAAGCCCCCACACGCGACAGAGGACCUCCAGAUCCGGGGCUGGUAAGCACUGGAGAGCCUGCCCCCCUCCCCCGUCCCACCGGGACCACCGGACACGCCGGCAAAGUCAGGGACGGCGAAGUCAGGGACGGACGCGGGUUGCCUGAAGAGGCCCAGUCCCGGCUUUCUCAGAUCUGGGCGGGAUUCUGUGCCAGUGAGCGUGAACAACCCGGAUGGCUUGUCCUGGGGUUGGGACGCUCGGGGCUCAAACGGGGACAGUCUCAGGAAACCCCGGGUGGUCUGUCACCCUAACUUCUAGCUCAGCAUCCACAGAGCUGGGCGGCCAGGGGGGGGGGCCUUUGCUACCAGAGUCCUGCCAGGUUCGCGCGCGGUCAGCACUUGGAGGUGGUGGCCACCGGGGGUCGGCCCCGGGUCCCACACGCCGGGACGGCAACUCCUGGUCACCCUUCCCCUCCUGAUGCUGAGACGGACGAGUCCUCCGGGUGGCUCCCGGCUCACGGCCGGAGCUCCGUGCAAAAAGCACCUGUUUUCUCGCAGCCGAGUAAGACUAUCGCAGGCAGAGCUCGAAUUCUCUCCAGGUUUUAUUGGGUUUAAAAAUGACACCAUUUGCAAGAUGCUGGUCGUCUGUGUGAGCGACACACGCAUGCCGGGAUAUGGAGAUGACGGCUGGAGCGUCGCCUCGAGUGUCGUGGGUGAGAGAACACGGGUGUGCGGAGGAUUGGCCGUGACCCUGAGCGGGCGAGAGACCCCGCCACGACGGUCUGCAGACUGUGGUGCCCACGCCAGCAACAGUAACGAGCCGUGGACGCGACCGGUCGCCUCCCUCCCUCCCUGGCUCCUGGCGGGAAGGGGUGGAUCUUCCCAGGGUCUCCCAGAGGCAGGCGCUGACGAUGCAGGUGUCCUGGCCGCUGGUCCCGCGUGGCCACUGCCAUGGCCCAGGCUCACAAGAGGCUUCCGGAACUUUGCACGCCGCAGGGAGAGGUCGGAAGGGACACUGGGUUAUAGAGCCCAAGCUUGGGUCUUAGCAUCAGCCCCCCGGACCUCGUCCCCCCGCCUCACCCCACGCCCCUCGGAUCCGGUGCACCAAGGUCACCGUGUUGCCACCUACCCUGUGGUGACCGUGACAGGCGGGGACGGGCAGAGGACGCUGGAGCCACGGGGCGAAAUGACAUCGAGAAACGGGGUCUUCACGCCAUUUCCAAGCAUCAUCCCACUGCUACUGUGUUGUCCUUCUGAUAAUGUGAAACGUGUAGAAGUUGUUUCUAUUUCGCGGUCAUGGUCACCGUGGGACCCGCCAUCCACGCACUGCGCCGGCUGCUGGUCCUCCGGCGGCUCUUCUCCGGCAUCCAGGUGGCGCCCGACCUCACGCAGCCCCGCCCGAUGGCGCCCAGCCACUGAGGCCGACACGGGACAUCAGGACACCUGGCAGCAGCCACACACGCACGUCCCACGUGGCACACCGUGGACUCUCAAGUGGCAGGGCUUGGUGGGUAACGUCCGGUGGGUCCUCUCCCCAGACAGAAUGUCCUGGAAGGCACGUGAGUCCGCUCGGGAUGCCGUGGCAGAGCCCUCGGGCCGCGGCUCGGACCACAGACACUUUCCCACGUUGCGGAGGCCAGAGGCCCGCGAUCAGGGACGCUGCGGGUCCGGUUCCGCCUGAGGCCUCCUCCCCGUGUGCCGUGUUCCCGUCUGUCCGUGUCCUCGUUCCCUCUCCCUGUGAGGACAUCAGCCACGGGCUAGGGCUCAUCCGUAUGACCUCUCCGAGCCCAUGACGUAAGGAAAGGGCCUGUCUCCAAACACGGUCCUCCUCUGCUGGGACCAGCCCCUCCGGACUCCGGGGACGUGGACACUGCUUCUCCCACUGCCGCCCCCCUGAGCUGAAGGCUCCCCGUGUUCGAUGAUGCGUCCUUCUGUCUGUCCUCCUCUCCUGCUUCCUGGGACCGAAGCCCCCCGUACAUCAUGUCCCAUAGGCCUGUGUUUCCUGUGCUUCCGGCAAAGACCACAUUUAUACCUAAAGUUGUCACCUGGGGGCACCUGGGGGUCUCCACCUGAGCAGUGACUGUGAGCUGCUCCUCCUCCCCUCCCCCACCUCGUCUCGCAGCCCCGUCCCCAUCCCACCACCAUAUGGCUGCUGACACUUGUAGCCACAGCGUGUGGCCCGCCUUGGAGGUGAGGAGACCUGCUUGCUCCCCUGUCCCCCCGCUACGCUCCCUGCCCCGCGGAGAGGAUCCGAGCUCCGGGAUCAAUCCCGCGUGGCCGUCGCCUAUGACACCUGCUGUAUGCACAGCGCCACGGUUCUCCCAUGGUUCAGGCUCGGCUGCCAGAAGAAUAGAAACGUGGCUUCCCCGUCCACUUUGUCGUGGCCACUCUCACAAGCCACCUGCCUCCAGCCGAACCCGUGGAACUCACACUCAAUCUCGGAGUUACUAUCAUGUAAACAGAGUCGUCUCCUGCCCGUGUCUGCGGUGACAGCUUAGCAGGGAAUAAAACCCUUCCCCGGCGACGCUGGGGACGCGCGUGACAUCAGCAGAUGUCCUGCAGCGGGACUGCCCCCACCCCCCCACCGUGGACAGCAUAACCUCCCCUCCCCCGUUGCUCACGGGCUCGCUCUGGGCCAUCGGGUCUGAGCAGGAGAGCUGCGAGCCGCUGCGUGUCCCCCGUUCUCUCGCUCCUGCAUCCCUCCCGCGGGAGGGGGAUGGAGCAUGUGGACGAGGCCCCCACAAGCCCAGAGCUGCACAGCCAAACAUCACCGUGGAAGCUCCAGAGGUCUGGUCAUCUCGGGGGGACAAAUGGCCCGGGCCCGUGGGGUUCUGUGAGCACGGAGCCGACUUUCUCCUUUAACGGAGAUUUGGCGGUUUUGGCCUGAAUUCCCUCCAGGUAACUUUUCUUUCAUCUGUAACGAGUGUGUUCCUCUAACGUGCCUUUCCAAGCCUUUGUUUUAGGCAAGUUUUCCUCUGUGGACGUGGACGGUGUUUUCAUUGUUAAACGUCUCUGAAGAAACAAAUAAAGAGCAAACAACAAGAAAA